UUUAUAUAGUUUUGAAUAACGCGUUUUAACUCGUUUUCUUUGUGAAUGUGUUUGUGAAAAUUGCUUUAAUUUUCUCAUAGUUUAUUUAUGCAAAAUUGAACAAAAACCGAACUAGAAUAGUAUAGAAGUUAAAAAUGGACUUCCUGGAGUAUGCUGAUAUUACGUCGGAGGUUAAUGGAGCAAUGACUCCUGGAAAAUUAAAAUUAACAGAUCAGCAUCUGAUUUUUAAGAAUCAGAAGACUGGGAAAGUUGAACAAAUACCUUCCGGUGAUAUGGACAUGGUCAGUUACUUAAAAUUUGUAAAUACUUGGGGUCUGCGAAUUUUCUUGAAAAAUGGAACUCUUUACAGAUUUAGAGGUUUUAAGGAAGGCGAUCAAGAAAAAAUGGCAAAAUUCUUUAAGAGCAAUUACAAUAAAGAUAUGCUUGAAAAGCAGCUCAGUUUAAAAGGAUGGAAUUGGGGAACAGCUAGAUUUGAAGGAUCAGUAUUAAGUUUCGAUGUUGGUCAACACACGGCUUUUGAAAUUCCCUUAUGCAACGUUUCCCAGUGUACGACUGGCAAAAAUGAAGUUACUCUAGAAUUCCAUCAGAAUGAUGACGCUCCGGUAAAUUUAAUGGAAAUGAGAUAUUAUAUUCCAACUAGUGACAGUGUUGAGGCAGAUCCUGUCGAUGCUUUCCAUCAACAAGUCAUGGAUAAAGCUUCAGUCAUCAGUGUCAGUGGCGAUGCGAUUGCCAUAUUUAGAGAAAUUCAAUGUCUCACUCCUAGGGGUCGCUAUGACAUUAAAAUUUUCCAAUCUUUCUUUCAACUUCACGGAAAGACUUUUGAUUACAAAAUACCAAUGUCUACGGUACUCAGAUUAUUCCUCCUUCCACACAAGGACAGCAGGCAAAUGUUCUUCGUGGUGAGUUUAGAUCCACCGAUUAAACAAGGACAAACUCGUUACCAUUAUUUAGUUCUCUUAUUUAAUCAAGACGAAGAAACAUCGAUAGAUUUACCAUUCUCCGAGGAGGAAUUAAAAGAAAAGUACGAAGACAAACUAACAAAGGAAUUAAGUGGACCAACAUAUGAAAUUCUUGGGAGAGUGAUGAAAGUUAUUAUUAAUAGAAAGCUCACAGGUCCUGGAAAUUUCAAAGGACAUUCAGGUACUCCGGCAAUCGGCUGUUCCUUCAAGGCAGCAGCUGGAUAUUUAUAUCCUCUCGAAAGGGGAUUUAUGUAUGUACAUAAGCCACCUAUUCACAUUCGUUUCGAUGAAAUUUCUUCGGUAAACUUUGCUCGAGGUGGCGGAUCGACAAGAUCUUUCGACUUUGAAAUAGAAUUAACGAGUGGAAUCAAUCACACGUUUAGCAGCAUUGAAAAAGGAGAGUACGGAAAGCUGUUUGAUUUUAUUACUUCUAAGAAACUUCGAGUGAAGAAUAGAGGAAAGGGGGAUAAAGUCAACUACGACGAUGACUUUGGUGGCAGUGAUCAAGAAGCUGAACCAGACGCAUAUUUGGCUCGAGUUAAGGCCGAAGCACAAGAAAGAGACGAUGAUAAUCAAGAUUCAGACAGUGAAUCGACAGACGAAGAUUUCAAUCCAAAUCAAGCCGAAAGUGAUGUGGCGGAGGAGUAUGACAGCAAUCCUGCUACCACGGACAGCGAUGAAGGAUCUGAUGCUUCUGGAGAUAGUGGCAAGGAAAAGAAAAAGAAGAAGGAGAAAAAGUCGAAAUCCGCAAAAACAAUUUCCGAGAAGCCGAGAAAAGCACGAAAGCCGAAAAAGGAGAAAGAUUCCAAUAAACCAAAAAGACCAGCCACUGCUUUCAUGAUGUGGUUGAAUGCUACUAGAGAAAAAAUAAAGUCUGAUAAUCCUGGAAUCAGUGUUACUGAAAUUGCGAAGAAAGGCGGUGAAAUGUGGAAGGAGCUGAAAGAUAAAUCGGAAUGGGAAGAGAAGGCAAACAAGGCCAAAAAGGAAUACGCUGAAGCUAUGAAAGAUUAUGUUCCAGCUGAAGGGGACAGUACAUCUAAAACUAAAAAAGAAAAAAAUCCCAAGAAGGAUAAAGACGAUAAAAAGAAGAAAGAUACCAAGAAAGACUCAUCUCCUUCUAAAGCCGCUUCUGGUUCAUUUAAGAGCAAGGAAUACAUCAGCGACGAUGAAAGUAGCAGCGAUGAAGAUAAGAAGAAGGCCAAGUCUUCUGAUAAGAGAAAACAUUCCGAUAGCGAAGAAGAGAAGAAGCCGAAAAAGAAACCGGAAAAGAAGAGUAAAAAGGAAGAAUCUGAAGACGAGGCUAGCUUAGAUGAACCUGAAGAAAGUACUCCACCAACUAGUGACGACGAUUCCAAGGGAAGCGAUUAAAUCACCUUCUUUAUUCACAAUUUUCACAAAUACACGUUCAACAUUCACAAAAAUAGUAGUUUCAUAAUUAUGUAAUUAAGUAUCGUUUUGUAUUUAAAAAGAAGCCCUUUAAGAAUAAGUCAGGGAAUAGAAAAAUGUGUCCCUUUUUUAUUGUCAUUAAAUAUUAUAUAGAAUA